AUGCCCGGUCGCCUCCAAAACAAAAUUGCCGUUAUAACGGGCGCUUCAUCUGGUAUAGGCCGCGCAACAGCCCUAGCUUUCGCUUCAGAAGGCGCCUCACUAGUCUGCUCCGAUCUCCACGAAACCGCUCGUCAAGAGUAUGCUACAGACACUUCCCCUUUAAACACCGUCCAAGCCGUUGAGAAGCUUGGUGCUAAAGCCAUCUUUGUCAAAUGCAACACCACCUCCUCCACCGAAGUCGAAGCCCUGAUCCAAGCCACAGUGAAAGAGUACGGUAGGAUCGACAUCAUGGUAAACAAUGCGGGUAUUGCUAUGGAAGCGGGUGAGCACGGGAGCAGACCCAUUUGGGACUACGAGGGAAAUGCUUUUGACAAGACGGUUGAUGUGAAUGUUAAAGGUGUUUUUUGGGGGACCAAGUAUGCGAGCAAGCAGAUGGUGGGGCAGGAACCAGGGGCUGGGGGUGAUAGAGGGUGGAUUAUCAAUCUGAGUAGUGUGUAUGGGAUGAGGGGUUCAAUAGGUAUCUCUGGUUACGUGACAUCUAAACACGCUGUCCUCGGUCUGACAAAAGCCGCCGCACAAGACUGUGCGCCAUAUCGCGUCCAUGUCAACGCCCUCUGCCCCGGGUUUACAGCUACAGCCUUCAUCUCGGGGUUGCUCACGCCUGAAGCAGCAGAGCAGAAGAAGAUUGUAGAACAACGACAUCCGUUUGGAGGUUUAGGCACGCCCCAAGAUAUUGCCAAAGCGGCGGUGUUUCUGGCUAGUGAUGAUGCCGCGUGGGUCACUGGUAUAGGACUACCGGUCGAUGGUGGGUUUAGUUCUAUGUGA